GGGGAAAGGGCGGAGGGAAGGCCGAGUAGGUACGGGUCGUAGUCCCUUCUGGAGGACGCCGAUCUGAUGCCCUAAACUUACCGGGACGUACGGCUGAGGUUUGAUCCUAAGAGGAAAAGGGAGGAUGGCCAGGUGUGGGCUCUUGGUUUUAGAGUCCGAGUCUGCAAGUGCAUGUACAGGAGGAUGCAGUUAGGGCCUCUGCGUGGGUCUCGGAACCGACUCCAGGAAGCCCAUUCUACCUGCAGGGGUGGAUGUCCCCAGGGUGUUUCGGAGCCCUGUCUGCGAACUCUCCGAGGCCGGGGCAGCCGCAGCAGCAGCGGCUCUUUGGGAGCCGGAGGGUGUGUAGAAAUUUCUCGCUUAAGUCCCACUCUGCCAGUCCCUAAAAGGGCUUAUCAGAGAAGGAAUGGCUGUCAGGCGCCUGCCAACCAUGGUCCAGGAAUCAGUGACCUUCAAGGACGUGGUCGUGCUCUUCACCCAGGACGAGUGGGCACAGCUGAGCCCCACUCAGAGGGCCCUGUACAGGGAUGUGAUGCUGGAGAACUACAGCAACCUGGUCUCGCUGGGACUCUUAGGACCCCAACCAGAUGUGUUGUCCCAGCUGGGAAAAGGAGAAGAGUGGAUGCUGGAGGACACCUCAGCAGGCUUCUGUCUUGACUGGAUGACCAUGCCUGUGAGUAAGAAAUCUACUCCCAAGGCAGAUAUUCCUGGAGAAGACUUGGAUCGGUGGAUGGUAAAGGAAAGAUUUACUAGAGACAGUCACUGGAAAUAUGAUGGCCUGCUGGAAUGGCAGCAUGGAGGCCAGGUGGCUGUCAUUCACCAGAAAACCCCCUCUGUGCUCAGUGACCAGGGAGGUGAUGAGCCUGGGAAGCACUGCACCGAGAGCUCAUCUUUUGUUCCAAGUCAGGGAUUGCAAUCUAGCAAAAAAGUCUUUGAGUGUAGAGAGUGUGGAAAAGUCUUCACUAAGAGUUCGACCCUUAAUAAACAUCAGAAAGUUCAUACUGAAAAACUUAAUGCAAAUCGGAAAACUGUUAUUAAAGAGAAACGAUAUGAAUGUAGAGAAUGUGGGAAAGCCUUUCACCAGAGUACACACCUUAUCCAUCACCAAAGAAUUCACACUGGCGAGAAACCGUACGAAUGUAAGGAAUGUGGCAAGGCCUUCUCGGUGAGCUCCUCACUUACUUAUCAUCAGAAAAUUCACACCGGAGAGAAACCUUUUGAAUGCAACUUAUGCGGAAAAGCUUUUAUCCGAAAUAUACACCUUGCACACCAUCACAGAAUACACACUGGAGAGAAACCUUUUAAAUGUAACGUAUGUGACAAAGCCUUUGUAUGCAGGGCACAUCUUACCAAACACCAGAACAUUCACAGUGGAGAGAAACCCUAUAAAUGUAAUGAGUGUGGGAAAGCCUUCAAUCAGAGUACAAGUUUUCUUCAGCAUCAAAGAAUUCACACUGGAGAGAAGCCCUUUGAAUGUAAUGAAUGUGGAAAGGCCUUCAGGGUGAACUCUUCCCUUACCGAGCAUCAGAGAAUUCAUACUGGAGAGAAACCUUAUAAGUGUAGUGAAUGUGGGAAAGCUUUCAGGGAUAACUCAUCCUUUGCUCGACAUCGGAAAAUUCAUACCGGAGAGAAACCUUACAGGUGUGGUUUGUGCGAGAAAGCCUUCAGGGACCAAUCCGCCCUAGCCCAACAUCAGAGAAUUCAUACUGGGGAAAAACCAUACACAUGUAAUAUAUGUGAGAAAGCCUUCAGUGACCAUUCGGCCCUUACUCAACAUAAGAGAAUCCACACUAGAGAAAAACCUUACAAAUGUAAAAUCUGUGGGAAAGCCUUUAUUCGAAGCACACACCUUACUCAACAUCAGAGGAUUCACACGGGAGAGAAGCCCUAUAAAUGUAAUAAAUGUGGGAAAGCUUUCAACCAGACUGCAAACCUCAUUCAGCAUCAGAGACAUCAUAUUGGAGAAAAGUGAUAUGACUAUAGUUUAUAUAGCAGAGCUUUGAGACUGAAUAUGUUAAUUAUUGAAUGUACGAGAAUCCAUUCCAGGAAAUAGCCAUGAAAGCUUGCCCGAAGAUGGUCUUUUUAUUCACAUUAUUGUGGGUUUGAGAAUUUAAGAAUGGCAUGCACUCCUAGUUCAGAACUGCCUCUGUUAAAUAGCAGUAGUGUUUUACUGAAUUACUGAAUUGUGAAAUAUAACCAAAAUGAAGCUUCAUUAGCAACACAGAAAUUAGCUUAUCAAAUUUACACUUUGACUAUUAAGAGACACUAUAAAAAUGGUAAAAAAAAUUUAGGUCGAGAAGCAAAGGAACCAAAGUAAGAAGAUGGCCUCUAAGCAUUUCACACUACUCAGUUCUCUUAUGUAAGAGGGUUUUUACUUCUAAUGGAGCCCUUUUAUUCUCACCAACCCUGAUGAAACCCAGUGUAAGAAAAGUGCAGUCACCCAUGCAUUGGGUCAGGAGUUACUCAAAUUGUUUCCCACCUUCUGCUUCAAACCACCUUUUGUCAGAUCUCUCUGACUUACGUGUCCACUGGCCGCUUAACUGUAUUCUCCUUCCAGUACAACUCUGAAUGGUGUGUCCCUCUUGAUUUGCACCUCUUAAGUGGUGACAUCAUGUCAUUUAUUGUCACCCCACUUGCCCUUGGGGAAUAUGGUGAUCUGGCCCCGUACGCAGUCCACAAUUCUGGAUAUUGCACCCAGGCCCAGCUUUCAGAACUUGGGACCCCUGGGAUGCAGAGGUUGAUCAAACUUCUUGAGUUACCCAGUUCCUCUGGGCCUCAGCAUGACUCUGACACUGGGAUGGUAUCUAAAGCAGGGACUGAGUGUAUGGAGACAUUACCUUCAAUUUGUUCCACACUGUAGUUACCCCACACACAGCAGUCAGGGACAAUGCUCCACUUGAGGUGACAAUCCAAUUACCUCGUGGUGGUCUAGGUCACCUCCCCUUCUGUGACUUGCCAUUUCCUGACAUGCAACCGACACAAGAAGUCAGAGCCCCAAAGCCAGUUCUCAAAGGUUGACCCACUGUUCCCCCUUGGCUGGCAGUCCUCUCUGUCCACUGCAUUAGAGUAUCCUGGCCCCUGCCCUUCUAUCCAGUUUUCUGAAAGUAUUGACUUGUGUUCACAAGAAAAACAUCUUUGAAUUUCUGCUUUUGCAUUUGAAAGUGGGCAUUUCCUCUCCAUCUGGGUGUCCCACUGUUUAAAGACUGUCCUGUCCUGACAAUGGUGAGCUACAUGUGGAGUAAUUCCACGGGUCAAGAAGUGGUCAACAGCAUCAUGGCAGUUUCUGGCAGAGCAUUGUCCAUACCCAAAAGUUUUAGUGAUACUCUGGUCCUGCAGGUACAGUUCCUUUACCUUUAGUGCUAUCAGUAGAAAUCAGAGAUAAAGUAACAUGUGUGCCUUCAGGCACACAGCUUCUGGUAGCACUGUCCCCUUCCCCACCAUGAAGAAUGUGGAGCCCACGUGACUGCAGACUGGAACAUACCACAUCAUGAAGAUGGAAGGGCAAGUCAGCCCUUGUUCUGGGAAGCAGAGCGGCAGGUUCUUGGUCUGUGGGGGUGCUCUCCAUCAAGUCAGGCAGCCCACUGGCCCCACAAAGGCUGCACCUCGACUCCCAAGUUACAGAAGAGGAUAGUCUAUAUCCUGGCGGAAUCAGUGGUCUCCCAAGUUGAAAACAGACCCGGAAGCUUCUAGCAGUUUUAAAGCCUAAGUUCUCUAAAUUCAGCUUCUGUUGAAUGAAGGCCACUAGUGUGGGCAAGUGAUCAGUAACUCAUACUUUCUCCCCCAUUAGGCUGCAGGUGAAGCAGCAUUUCAGGAGGUUGCUUGGAGCUAUUUGUACCCUGGGCCACACAAGUUCGUCUACAGCCUCACAGGGCUAGCAAUCCCAAAUUCCACAAUAAACUUGGAAAACUGUACUCAAAUGCCACAGAUCCCUGCCUUUAGUACUGUCCACAUGGCCUGCCUGGUCUUAAUGAUCAUCCUCUUAAUCCUGGUGGAACAUUGUCCAGCUGGGCCUUUUGUUCAUUUCGUGUGUUCUUAAUGAGAGCUUCUGCCACUUGUCACGUGCCUGCAGCUGAGUCAGGGCCAAGACCUGCUGCCCGUUAAGCGCCUCAUUCCUUCUAGUGACGGCUCCAACUGCUGUUCCUGCACCGGAAUCUGUGCAGCCCAGAGGCCCUCGAUCUGAGAUUACUCCCUGCCCUACUUAGUGCUCAGACUUCCCAGCACACCCAUGACUGUGCCAUCGCAAGGUAAUGAAUGAGCCAGUCUCCCCACACCCUCGCCUGGACUAUAGAAAGAGAGGAGUCAGAGAAGCAGACCUAGAUCCCACCUCCCACGUCAGAGCUCUGGCUUACUGUGGAAGUGCCAGUUCCACUCUGCCCAGAGGGAGUGUUUUUGAGAAGAGGAUUAGCACCUAGGUGUUAAAUUCUUCACUGUCCUGGGCUCCUGUGAACAACCCCUGAAACUGACAGCUCUUGGGAAAUAAUCUCUGAUUUCCCCUUUGAAACUCCCCGAAUGCUUUCUUAUCAGGUCUUCCUGUCUCCAGCUCAUAGAUUUUGCACCUGGGUUCUCCCUCACCACCUGAGUUGGCCUAGUUCCAUUAGCAGUGUCUGCCCAAGACGUUGCUUUCCUCCAUACUCAGCAACUGCUUCUAGAGGGAAUGGGACCUUGCUUCUCAGCAGAUUCAGGCUUCCAGGUUACUGUGCCUGAGCCUUGGAGUCUUGGAACAAAACAGCCCUAACUGCAUGUGUCUUUGGUUGAGAAAGCAACUUAAUUCCUUUAAACAUGAAUUUAGUCUAAGAGUGCGUAGCCUCCAGCUGUCUUCAUUCCUCUCCUUUCCUGCCUUAUCUCCUUGGUACUCUGUCCUACUGGAUUAGCCAGCAAGGCAAUGUAGAAACAAAACACUCCACCCUGCUCUAGCCCACAGUAGGAGGGGUCCCAGCCUCCUGGCCCACCUCAACUCCUGCCAAAUAUAUUUUUGGUAAUAUUUUUGCUUUUAGUAUUUUUAUACCAGUUCAUGAAGGGAGGAGAAAACACAAGGUUUGAUUGUUUCCCGUCACCCACAAAUGUCUCCAUUGUGUUCAUAAUGGUCAUCCUUGGCAAGUGCCAGGAUUUGGUCGUUGGGGAGUGUUCUUCCCCAUUCUGUGUGCUGCCCUGUCUACCGCCCCUCACCAUUCUUAAAAACUGUUGCCAUAGAACAUGUCUUUCUGAAAAUAAAUGAGAAAAAUACACAGUG